GUUUCUGUAAUCUUUAGUGCUCUGCAAAAUUCCUGCAAUAUGUAUUAAUAUAUGUGUAUUACUUUUCUCUCCAAUCUCCCACUCUCACUUUGAAAAGCUCCCCUAUAUAAAUGCCAAUGUGAUUUGGCAAAAUCAUUCUCUUCUUUUCUCUUGUAUGAGCUUUUCCGAAGUGGGAUUUCUUUUCUAUUUCCACAGGAGGUGAAGAAACACGAGUAAAAAAGCAAUCUUGAUGGCUGUGGAGCUCAGAACCAUGGUUUUGGGGCAUUUCUUGGUGAUUUCUCUUGCCUUGAACGCUGGCUUGCUCUACAGAAACUACUGCGGGGGAGAGCACAAAUCCCAGAACAUCUUCAGCUUCAAAAACGAGUGCAAGAACUCAUCUUCAUCUUCAACAAUGGCGUUUCUUGAAACAAAGUUUCAACCUUCAAAACCAGCUCUUAGUGAAGUGAUUGAUUUGGACCAUGGUGAUCCGACGAUGUACGAGAGGUAUUGGCAGCAGACAGGGGAUCGGACGACGGUGGUGAUCCCGGGUUGGAAGUUCAUCAGCUACUUUUCUGAUGUGAGGACCCUUUGCUGGUUUCUCGAGCCCGAGUUUGCCAAUGCAGUGGUUAGGCUGCACAAGCUCGUGGGGAACGCUGUCACGGACGGCCGAUAUAUAGUCGUGGGGACGGGGUCCACGCAGCUCUUCCAGGCCGUGCUCUAUGCCGUAUCUCCCCCUAACGCCUCGGAGCCUAUCAGUGUUGUCUCUGCUGCCCCAUUCUACUCUUCGUAUCCUCAGAUCACCGACUUCCUCAGGUCGGGGCUCUACAAAUGGGCCGGAGACGCGCGCGAGUUCAAGAGGGACGUCCCGUACAUUGAGCUCGUGACGUCUCCAAACAACCCCGACGGGCUAUCAAGGGCGGCCGUGGUGAACCGGGACCGAGGCGUGCUAGUCCAUGACCUGGCCUACUACUGGCCUCAGUACACCCCAAUCUCGUCCCCUCCCGAGGAUCAUGACAUCAUGCUGUUCACGGUCUCCAAAAGCACGGGCCAUGCUGGCACACGCUUGGGGUGGGCUCUUGUCAAGGAUCGAGAAACCGCAAGGAAGAUGACCGAGUUCAUCGUGCUGAGCACGAUUGGCGUCUCCAAAGAGUCGCAGCUGCGCGCAGCGAAGAUCCUCCACGUCAUAUCCGACUCCCACGAGCAACGAGGGGGUUUCGACGAAAACGAGGCCUUCUUCGAGCACAACUACCAUCUCAUGACAAGGAGAUGGAAGCAGCUAAGGGCGGCAGUCGAGAAGAGCAAGCUCUUCAGCUUGCCCGAGUUCCCUGCCGGAAAGUGCAAGUUCAGCGGCCGUACCUUCGCCUCGCAGCCGGCCUUCGCGUGGCUCAAGUGCGAGGGCGAAACCGAGGACUGUGAAGGGUUCUUCCGCGGCCACAAGGUGCUCACGCGCAGCGGGAAACACUUUGGCGAGAGCACGAGGCACGUCCGGAUCAGCAUGCUGCCACGUGACGAGGUCUUCGACCAGUUCACCGAGCGACUAGCGAGCAUAACUUCGUCGUCGUCGUCAUCAACGUAACCGGAGAUUGAUUCUUCCAUCUAUUUAGUAUUGGCAGUAGCUACUAUAAGGGAUUGUAGUAACUCAGUUUUUGCAUAAUCACUAAAAAUUUCUAUA